AUGACAACGAAACCCGAUCCGAAGCUAUACCCCCGUCGGGUCCGAUAUGCAGCUCUCUUGACAAUCAAUGUUUUUGUGUUUAUGGGGAACAUGUACUCAUCCGGCAUAGCAACGGGUUUCGAGUCACUGGCCAUGGAUUUGCAAGUCAGCUAUCAGAAGCUCGCCGACCUGAUCUCAUGGUCCGUCCUCAGCAUGGGCCUCGCCAAUCUCUUCUGGAUGCCGUUGGCGUUGGCGUUUGGCAAGCGGCCCAUAGUCCUUAUCUCCAUGACGAUGUUCGUGGCGGGGAUCAUUUGGACGGUCGUGGCGAAGGAUUACAACAGUUUGAUGGGCGCUAGGGUGUUUGCCAGUUUUGGCUAUGGUUCGAUUGAAUCGUUGGGUCCCAGUAUUCUAGCCGACAUGUUCUACGAGCGCAACUACUCAAGCGCAAUGGCCACGUACGCCCUGUUCCUCUCCGCCGGAUCCCAGGUCGGACCCGUGAUUGCGGGCUACCUGGUUGCCGCACGCGGCUGGCGGUGGUUCUUCAUCGUGUGCCUGAUCGUGGCGGCCGUCAACCUGGUCACGACCUUCUUCUUCCUUCCGGAGACGACGUACGAGCCCGAGUUCGAAGAGGAGCAAGACGGAGGUGAGUUUCCCGAAAAGAGCGAUGCCGCCCACAGCCACAUCGAGAGUCUCCCGCCUUCGCAAAACCAAGCUCAACAAUUCUCCUACACGGACUACUGGAAGGGUCUCUUCCGGGUCGGCAUCUCAAGUGAGGCGAAGAAGAAAGGCGUGGUCCGAUUCCUGGGGUACGCGGCCUGGCUCCCGAUCCCCAUGCUGCUACUGCCGGGGGUGCUGCUGGCUUCAAUGAUGUAUGGCGUUGUACUCGGGGCAGUGGUCUCAAUCUCCACCCUCUCCUCCUCAAUCUUCAGCGCCCCGCCCUACCUCUUCACCUCAGGCGCCCUAGGCCUCUGGACACUGGGCAGCUUCAUCGGGAUCAUAGUCGUCGCGCCGCUCGCGGGCCCACUCACCGACGCCCUGUCGCAAUUCCUGCGCCGCCGGAACCGCAACGUCCACAAGCCCGAGCACCGGCUGCCGGCGCUGGUCGUGCCCUUCUGCAUCGCGCCCGUCGGCCUCGUCGUCUUCGGGUACACGGCCGCCCACCAGAUGCACUACGCGCUGCCGGCGCUGGGCUCCGCCAUGGCCGCCGCGGGCCUCACGCUCGUCCCCUCGGUCAUGCUGUCGUACGUGGUCGACUCGUACCCGCACGCCAGCGGCGAGGCCCUCGUGGUGGUCAACGUGAGCAAGAACAUCGUCGCGUUCGGGCUGAGUAAGGGCUCCGUCGACUGGAUGACGCGCCAGGGGUUGGCGCGGAUGUUCUACGAGUUUGCGGGGAUUGAGUGGGCCGUGCUGGCGCUGGGGUUGCCGUUGUAUUUCGCGGGACCCUGGGUUAGGAAACGCACGGGGAGGUAUUUUUGA